CUAUAUAGUAAUAAAGAAUUACUUUGUUCUAAUAUGUACUUCCAAAUCUAUAUGGAUUUACCUUGUCUUAAGCGAAUAUUAAUAUAUUUAUAAAAUAAAAAAAUAUUUUUUUUGGCAUCUAUAGAUUAUAUUAAAUUGAUGAACUGUAGCUCUUACAAACCUGAGCCGGCAAAAAAAAAAAUAUUUUUUCUAGAACCAUAACCUCGUGAGGCAAAAAUUUCUCCACGGAAACAAGAGCGAAACCAAAACAUACUAUAUAAAUUUUAAAAGCAAAAGUGAGCCGGAGUAUUAAGAACAUGUAGGGCUAAAACAUAAUCAUUACUCAAGCGAAGCUAGCUGCAGAAAAUCCUGAUAAACGUCGGUUAAAUACCAAGGAAUAGCAUAACAACUCAGCACCAAAGCUUGGCAAUGAACAAUUAAAUAAUCAAACUCCAAGGUUAAAUGAGACCACCUUAUCGAGGACAAGCCCCAAUAUAAACACACACUCCACAGCCACGAGCCCUCACCAAGGACUCUUCUAACACUUUGAUAGAACCCUAGCCACGGUUCUGUUCCUGAAAUCACUUGAGGAAGGAAUGGAUAAUCCUUGUCUACGAGAAGGUCGUGGAAAAAUCACCCUGGGUAUAUGAAACCCAACACACAGUCUGCACUUAGGACGAUCUUCAAGGAGAUAGGCGAUGGAGCUUUGGAUUGGAGCGUGUGGCUUGAACCUUGAGUAUAUUAAACCCAACACCGAGAGCCUAACUUAAGACGCCUCUCUGAUCUUCAGCUGGUCGAAAUGGUACCGCAAGAUAGGAUGGAAUUAUCUUGAUAAACCGAUUUGAUCUCGGAAUCCACCAAAGAUCGAAAUGUUCACAAGGAACAAACGAGAAUCACUUCUCAAAAAAAAAUACAUGGUUUUUGACACAAAACAGUCUGAUUUAUUCAUGGCAAACUUAGGCCUUUUAUAUAGUUUUACAGACUUAGGAAAUCGAAAAUAAAGUACUAAAAACAAGACAUAUCAACCAUCUCUCAAGUUGGCUCGUUCCAGGCUUGAUCUAGCUCGAUUGAUCUCUUCCUCAUGACUCCUUGGACGAGUGAAGUGUCCAUAGUUGGUCCAAGUGAGCACACAAAUCUUAGGAAUCAUUCUAAGCAAAGUUUGCACACUCCCAUAUCGCCUUGCUUGCUGGUUGGACCAGACGGCUUGAUGGUUGAAACGUCUGAAUAGAUAGCUGCAUCGUCUGUCUCGUCCUGAUCGAUGGUUGAGCUGAUCAGGAUCACAUCACACUUCCUCGAUCGAGACAAUUCCUCCACCAGAAGUUCAAUGAAAUUUGAGCUCAAUCCAAGAUAAAACACCAAGCAACCUUCAACAACAACCGCCAAUGAGUAAGGAAAAGAAGACCGAGAAUCCAAAUCACCAUUGACCCGCCCGAGAAACACCUCUCCAGCUCGAUGGAAUAAGUAAUAACCCUAAUCAGAGUAACAAACGCCUCUCUCCACCAUUUUUUCUUCUUUUCUUUAUAAUGAAUUUCUAUUUUGCAUGGAAAAGAAAACGUUACAUGAGUCUAUUAAUGCUAAAGUAGCCCAAAUAUACUUUAUCCGUUUAAUUUUCUUUUACAGUUUUAAUGUACAUUAAAAAUUAAAAAUAUAAAAACAUUCACAAUUACAUUGUUAUUGUUUUUCUGUAUAUAUUUUCCAGUAAUAUCAACCAAUAAUAUUAUUUCUACAAAUCGAUGUGUGUGAUUUUUGUAACUCUUAUGUAAUUUUAGAUUUCCAGAUAUAUAUUGUUAAAUUCUUAUGUAGUUUUGUAGAAAUAAUACACUUAUACACAUAUUAAUAUUGAAAUGUCUCGAAAAAUAAAAUACACUUGCGUGUGUCAGUUGUCUAAAACAUCUCGACAAAUAUAAUUCUAUUCCAAUCCAACUCUCCAAAAGAUCUAAAUAAGUUUUAGAAAUAAAAUUAAAUCACACAGCUUACGUAAAGUCAACGGAGGUUAAAUCCAGGCUGCGCCUCUUGUUGCUCCUUCGGCAAAAAAAAAAAAACGUCAACUAUUAUUUUGUGUGCUUGCAACGUUUUUUUUGUUGGUUUGUAUGUCACUUUUGUAAAUUAGUAACCAGUUAAUCAAAAGAAAACAAACGAGAAAGCAGUUUUUUUUUUUUCGUUUUACAAGCACCAUGACAAUACAUAUGCGUCGACACUCGACGCCUCAGACAUGUAUGAGGCCAUGUAUAUAUAUCAGUACAUGUAAGUGUGUUAGGUUAGUUUCACUGGCUAAAUGUUCGAAUUCAAACUAGAUACGAUUAUAUGAAACCUAAUAAGAUGAAUCUAGUACUGCAGUUUUCACUUCUAUAACAUUUGCACCAUCAAAUUGAAGCAAAUUAACUAAAAAGGAGGAUUAGAACUAGGUCGGUAUUCAAGUGACAGUUUCCUGUGUCACAUUUUGACCACAUGCUAUAGAAAUUGAUAUCAAAGUUUCAUAGUAUGAUCUGACUUUCCAUAAAUUAAUCUUGUUAUAUGUUAUGGCAAAGUUAAAAUUCUUCAAACGAUGUCACUAGCCAAAAUAAUAUAACCAGUCCUAUUUUAAAAUAGAAACAUCAUCAUAAAUUGAUAAUUAAUUAGUUUUCUUAUACAGGAACUACAGAUAACCCUAAAUCCCAGAAAUCAGAAAAGAUCAAACAUGCCGACUCCUCCCUGCCCCAGAAAACAACUCCAAGUGGUGACCAAACUAAGAUAUAUAUAUGGCACACGCAACCGAUGCUUAGGUAACUAUAUUAAAAAGACUAUAGUCUUGAUUUCUCGUCGUUUGGUUGGUUGAUCACAAAUCACUCAUAAAACAAAACUAAAACGUACGUUCGCAUGUAAACAAUAUGAUAUUUAUACACUAAAAACUUUAUUUAAAUCAAGUCGUUGUUGUGUGCUUGUGUGUCAUGGAGGGCAGGUCCGUCGGUGUUUCGUACAAAACCUUUUUAUCAUUUUGAUAUUCAAGUUUGUUGUUAAUUUAAUGGUUUUUUGACUUACCAACAAUCCUAUAUUCUUAAAUUUAUAUAACUCUAUAUAUAUAAUCACCCUACGGCCGCAGUAUCGUUCCAUUUUUUAAAUGGUGAGAGAAUCCAUGGAGGUUAAUCAAUAUCAUCAAAGUUUUAAUGAAGCUUCGAGUUCUAGAGUUUCCUUAAACAAGAAUUCACAAGUAAUAUCCAAGAUCAAGCCCAAGAUUCGCAUCAUCCAUAUAUGCGCACCGAAGGUAAUCGAGACCGACGUCAAGAACUUCCGUCCACUCGUCCAAAGUCUAACCGGAAAACCCGCAGCCCGAGAGGCAAAAACCGGUAAAAAGAGUGGCAGACCGAGAAUUCCGAAGUCGCAAGAACCGGUUUGCGGAGAUCAUCAGGCGGUUAAUAGGCUUACGGGUUUUACCGGUUUAUUAGCAAACGAAGGAGACCAUCAGGUAAAAGAAGAAUGGGGAUCCGGUGAUCAGACUACUUCAAACACAAACACAUACUUUGACCUAGAAGGUUUGAUUAAAGAUGUAGGAGAAGAUUACUUUCCCAUGAGAUCUUCUUCUUCCACAAACGAAGAAGGUCAUGUUUUUGGGAACAUAGGCAUAGAAUUUGUAUGUAGAUAUUUAUAUAAAUUUUGAAUUCAAUUGGUAUGAUGAGAAACUAAAACUUUGGUAAACUGAACUUGCCAAUGCUGAGAGUUGUAAUGAGAUUUAAUUUAGGUGCGGCCCUUCACGGAGAAGUGACUGUAUCUAAUUAAGUUGGGGUCGACGUUGUCACGUUGGUCAAUAAACCCUAGUUGUUUUGAUAUGUAACUUCAUUGAUGAGCUACUCUUGAAUGUGUAAUAAUUCUUUAGUGUGCGUAUGUGAUUGAUUAUGAUGUAUGCUAUAUGGAGAAAAAGUUUGUAUGGUGCUUAAAACAAAGAUUGGCUAGCUAGCUAGUGUUUCAUUUUAUAGAUAAUCGAGUAUAUUACAUAUCGUUGGUUAAAUUACACUCAUACAAAAUGAUGCAGAGUGAGGAAUUUAACUCUAGUUCUAAAUUAAUUACAGAUGUUCACAUGGGUGCAAUUGGAUUACAAAUAUUUGGAAUAAAAUUGUAUGAAAAAAUGUAUUCCAUGCAUAAAACUGAUAGGAUUCUAUUCCUUAUUCCAUUUAUUUGCAUUCUAUUUUUUUUAGUUCAAUUCAUUCUUAAUAUUGAUAAAAUUGAUAACUAGUUACCGCCUUUAUAUAUUUUUUUCAUCUCAAUAUUUCUUCCUUUUGGUUAUAAUUAGUUUUUUACCUAUUUUAUCGAUUGUUUAAUUAGUAUUUGUUAUUAGGUUGUAUAAUUUUAGUAUUUUAUGUAGGAGAACAUGAUCAAUGCAAAUUAAGUACAACUGAAUGCAGACUAACUGAUAUAGGUUUCGCUGAUAGAUUAGAUAUUAGAUUGUACACAGGUUUCUUAAUUAUUAUGUUACUCUAACCUUUCAAGCAUUAGGAUUCACUUGUUCAUUUAGUUAAUUUAGGCAAAAAAAAAUGAUAACUAUGUCUUAUUAUGCUAAUUUUUAUUUUAUACCACUUUUGCAUCUAUUGCUAUUUAGUAUUUUCAAAAAUAAAUCAAAUAAAUAGUUUUACAAACCAAAAAAAUUUAAAAAUAGUAACUAUUGUUGGAAUAUUUAUAUUAACUUAGUGGUUUUUUCCAGCUCUAAAAAAAUAUUUAAAUCAUAAUUUCAAAUUUUGUUCUACGAAAAGUGGAAUUGGUGUUCUACGAAGCGGAAAAUGAAAUCCGCCUUUUCAUUUAAUCUUCUAUGUUUAUAAUUUGUGAUCUACAUAAAUAAUAGUAACCUAAAAGUAUUUGAAAUACACAUUCCAUGUUUAACAUAUCGCUCUAAAAUCAAUAAAAAUCAGAAUCUACACAUUACUAUAAAUCUAAAAUCUACACAUUAUUAUAAAUCUAAAACAUGUAGAAAUCGAGUUUAAAUAUAUUUAUUGAAUUCUACAUAUAGUGAAUACAAAUUUUACGGAUAAAAAUAAUCAGUUCUACAAAUAUGAAAAAAAAAAUAUUUGGACCGCACAAGAAAAACAAAACAAAUACCGACACUUGCUUGGAACUUAGUCUAAUAGGACAUAAUUAUCAUUUUUUUUGUUUAAAAAAACAAUUUUCCCGAGUAUAUAAGACAAUUUCAAACCUGGCUUUUGCAGCGGUGCUGCUUCAACGCUCAUACUGUAUAUAUUUUAUCAAAAACGAAAAAGCUCGUACUGUAUAUUUUGAUCAAACAAAUUCAAGAGUACAACGCCAAAGAAAUUGAUGUGUAUAGAAUAUUAUUAGAAACAAAAUCGCACAUCGGAAA